UGUGACGUCACACACCUGCAGGUUAUCAGCAACGUUUCCGGUGAAUGCGCAAAACCGAGCUACUGUUUUUAUCGUUGAAAGAAAAACCCUGUUUUAAGGACUGUUCCGUUUAGCAGUGGUGAAGAUUAGAACCACCUGCCGCUGAAAAAACAAACAGGUUGUCGUCUGACCUGAGCAGUGGUGUGUGUGUGCGUGUGUAUGUGUGCAUGUAUGUGUGUGUGAAGCCAUGGUGGAAUACUACCAGAUAUUAGGAGUGCAGAAAGACGCCAGUCCAGAUGACAUUAAGAAAGCGUACAGAAAACUCGCCUUGAAGUGGCAUCCAGAUAAAAACCCAGACAACAAGGACGAGGCGGAGAGGAAGUUUAAGGAGAUCUCUGAGGCGUAUGAAGUCCUGUCAGACGCCAGCAAGCGGAGUCUUUAUGACCAGUAUGGUAAAGAAGGCCUGUCCGCAGGCGGAGGAGGACGUUACCAUAACGGUGACCCCUUCGAACAUUUCACAUUCCGUAAUCCAGAGGACGUCUUCAGAGAUUUCUUCGGGGGGCGUGACCCUUUUGCUGAUUUCUUUGGAGACGAUCCGUUUGGAGAUGAUUUCUUCGGUGGUGGUCGACGACGGCAGCAGCAGCGUGGGAUGAGCCGGAGCCGAACAGGUGGCUCGUUCUUCUCUAGCGGGUUCGGAGGAUUUGGAGGUUUUGGCAGUUUUCCGGCUUUUGGGCCAGCGUUCUCUUCGUUCGAUGCAGGUUUCAGCUCUUUCGGUCCAAUGGCACAGAUGGGUGGAGGCGGAUUCACGUCCUUCUCGUCCACUUCAUUUGGAGGUGGUGGGGGCAGCGGGAUGGGAAACUUCCGCUCCGUGUCCACGUCCUCCAAAAUCGUCAACGGCAGAAAAAUCACCACGAAAAGGAUCGUCGAGAACGGUCAGGAACGAGUGGAAGUGGAGGAAGACGGACAGUUAAAGUCUCUAACUAUAAAUGGUAAGGAACAGCUGCUGCGACUGGAACACAAGUAAGCACACCUCGGCGCUCAGCAGAGUUAGGACUCAGAUGUAUGUACUUUAUUUUCCUCUUCUUAGUGUCAUUAGAUGACCAUUAUAAUGGUAUUGUGAGCUUAUGAUUAUUAUUAAUAUUAAUUUCCUUUGUAAACGUAUUUAUGAAGCGGAAUGUCAGUGUUUGGUGCUGGGGUGCUAUUACUUUAGGGACCAUGGUGUAAAGAUGAGUUCUUGUUUUUGUUUUCCUUUACACUCCACAUGCACUUUGCUGUGUUGGGCUUGAAUGCCGUCUGUGUACUGCUUUUGAGCUAAAAAUAUAAAAGAAUAACAAUAAAAAAGACGAGGGAGAGAAAAGCAUUGUGCAUUGAACAGGCAUGACUUUUACAUCUGAGUUGAGCUGAGUUUUUCUUUAGAACCCUGUUAAAGUAAGCUCGUCUCAUGUUCUCGUCUCAUGUAAACGCUGGUAGUGUUAGACCAACUGUAUUAAUAUGCAGUCUUAUUAUUAUUAUUAUUAUUAUUAUUAGAAAGGUUAUUAUGAUUAUAAGUUUUGUUUUGUUAAAAUGAGUGUUUUUUUCAUUAGUACCUGUACACCAGCCAAAAUUCUUGUUCUUAGUCUUAUUGUUGUCAUGGAAACGAGCUGAUAGUCUCGAGGUGUAAGUGAUAUGAACCUAAAUGAUUUUUGUGGACUUUGUACGCAAAUUUCAAAUAUCAAUAAAUGUGAGUUUCAUCCUUUUUUUUGAGGAUGCGGCAGCUUCUG